AUGGACGCGAACGUAAAGUCGAAUCUUCCCUGGGUGGAAAAAUACCGACCGGCAACUCUCACAGAUUUGAUUUCACACGAAGAAAUCAUUAGUACCAUCAACAAAUUUAUAAAGGAAGAACAAUUGCCCCAUCUACUGUUUUAUGGUCCUCCGGGAACCGGCAAGACUAGCACCAUUCUGGCUUGCGCCAGGCAAUUGUACACACCGCAAUCAUUUGGCUCGAUGGUGCUAGAGCUGAAUGCCUCUGACGAUCGUGGCAUUAACAUCGUUCGUGGGCAAAUUUUGGAUUUCGCUUCAACGAGGACCAUUUUUAAAGGCGGAUACAAGCUGAUUAUUCUCGAUGAAGCGGACGCCAUGACCAACGACGCACAGAACGCGCUCAGGCGCAUCAUCGAAAAGUACACGGAAAAUGUACGAUUCUGCAUCAUUUGCAACUAUCUCAGUAAAAUCAUUCCAGCUAUACAGUCACGAUGUACGCGGUUCCGUUUCGCGCCUCUUUCUCCGGACCAGAUUUUGCCUCGAUUGGAGCACGUCAUCGAAUCCGAAAACAUUGAAGCAACGGAAGAUGGCAAAAAAGCACUGAUGACCUUGGCUGGCGGUGAUAUGAGAAAAGUGUUGAAUGUACUGCAAAGCACUUGGAUGGCGUACAAAAAUGUGACGGAGGUGAACGUGUACAAUUGCGUCGGACAUCCUCUGAAGGAGGAUAUAAAUGACAUAAUUUUCUGGCUACUGAACGAGGAGUCUUUUAAAGAUUGUUAUGAAAAAAUUCAGAAGCUGAAAACCCUGAAAGGUCUUGCUUUGGAGGACAUACUAACGGAAAUUCACUUGGUCGUCAAUCGUCUGGAGGUUCCACAACGCGUCACGUCUAAGCUACUCAUUGAUUUGGCAUCGAUCGAGGAGCGCUUAGCAGAUGGAUGCGUUGAAAAACCACAGAUUGCGGCACUGAUAGCAUCAUUCAAUAAAUUGCGAAGUUUGGUCAAUUAAAUGUAACAUGCAAAUUGCACAUGUAAAAUAUCCCAAGAACAUAGUAUACUGAAUAAACUAACGGUAUAAACGAACGAAUAUAGUACGGGAAAGGUAUUACAU